UUGCCGCCCUUCCUGUCAAAGCGCAAAUGCGCAUCCAGCAGCUGAGAGCUGCCGAGCAGACACACGGCCACGGUCUGGGAAACGAAGCCAUAGCGAGGAAAAGGAAAGUGAGCGUCAGGUCCAUAAGUGGAUCCGCGGGGAAAGUCUGUGACAUGGCAGCGACAAUGGCAGGUGAACGCCGUAGCGGCAACCUGCUGGUUCAGCUCGGUCCAAAGCUGCAGGCGUAUCCAGAGGAACUGAUUCGUCAGCGGCGCACACAUGAUGGUCAGACAGAGUACUUGAUUCGUUGGUGCCUCAUCACCAUCGAUGACAACUCCAGCAUUGGGGGCGGAGCCAGUGAGGUGAAUGGGACGAGUGCCGGCAGCUCAGGUGUGGGCGGGUCCAACAGCUCCACCUCAGGAGAAACCAAACAAGAGAACAUCCUGAUGUGGAUGUCAACGGAAGAUGUUUAUGCAAACUGUCCCAUGCUUCUUGGCAAGAGAAAGACAGAUGCACAGCGCCCCCUGCCAACCCAAGAGAAGAAACAGCAGGGCGGUACUGAUGCGGCAGAUGGAGUACAGAUGAGCGCUGGCGGUGCUGAGGAAUUCCCCUCAGAUGUCACCUUUGAUGAGGUGGAGCUCUCUGACAUGAAGGAGGAUGUGAAGAACCUGGUGCGGCGAGCACGAAAACAAAUGGCCAAAAAAAGUGACUACUCCAUCAGCAUCACUCACACCAUCCAUGUGCUGAGUGCCUACGCUGGCAUCGGUUCUCUAGUUGGUGUCUUCAAGGAGACGGGUGCCUUAAACCUGCUGAUGGAGCUUCUGUGCAACAAAGAGACACAAACGAGGCGCAGUGCUGGCAAGAUGCUCCGGGCGCUUGCCUCACACGACGCAGGAAGCCGUGCCUAUGUCCUGCUGUCCCUCAGUCAGCAGGACGGCAUAGAGCAGCACAUGGACUUUGACAACCGCUACACUCUCCUGGAGCUGUUUGCUGAGACCACAUCAUCUGAGGAACAUGGCAUCUCCUUUGAGGGAAUCCACUUGCCACAGAUUCCAGGGAAGCUUCUCUUCUCAUUGGUGAAGAGGUAUCUGUGCGUUACUUCAUUGAUGGACAAGCUUAACACGGUGGGGGCGGAGUCCAACUCCGACAGACAGGACGGCAGCCCCUGUCCUUCAUCUGCGUCCUCCACUGGUACCAUUCACCAGGCAGAGCGUCUGCGCCUUCAACGAGAGUUUGACUUCACCAUGGCGAUGGCUAAUUUGAUCUCAGAGCUGGUGAGAGUGAUGGGCUGGGACCGGAACCGCCAGUCCCUGGACAACCCCGCCUACCUUAUGGGAGAGGGCGGGGUCGUGGCAGAGGAGCAGGUGGAGGAAGCGGCCCGUCCUAUCCUGCGGUCCAUCUUCCAGCCUCGGUUCUGUGCCUCUCCCCUCACUUUCCCCAUCAGCGCUGCUGCGUCGGCGCCUCCUGCUAUACCACCGAAGAAAAAAAAGACAGGAGACGGGUUCAAAACACGAUCGGACUUUGCCAGUCGCUCUGCCUACGUGGAGUAUGUCCAGGAAAACCUGAAGAGCGGCAUGACGGUCCGUAUGCUGGAGGACUACGAAGAAGUGAACGCCGGGGAUGAUGGGGUGUUUCGCUACAGCAACGAUGGCUCCCCGCCAGUUCAGGUUUACUGGAACUCAUUGUCCAGGACUUACUGGGUUCACUGGCACAUGGUGGAGAUUUUAAGCAACGGUGCCGGCAGUCAGUCUGAGAAGGAGUCACAAGACAAGGCCUCGACCCUCACAGAUAUGCUCAAAAUCACCACUGUGAGUCAGACAUUCUUCACCAAGCCUCCUGGUGGACUCUACUCUCUGCCAUACCUGUCAGAAGACCUGCAGACAGAGCCAGCUGUGCUGAACCGGGCCGAGUGGGGGGAGAUUCUGUUCUUCACCAAGAAGCUAGAGCCGAAACAGCAGCAGGAAGUGAAUGAGCUCCUGUGCCAGAACAUUGGAGAACAGGACAUUGAUGAGCUGGAUGACGUGUCCCUCAUCAGCCUGACCGUCCCUGGGGACGUGGCGAAGAAACUGAUUCACUAUCUGAAGCAGAAGCUGCCGUCGUCCUGUCUGAGUGACCUGUUCAGUUCACACGCCUUUACCAAACAUUACCUGAAGAGAGGAGGAGGAGGAGGUCUGGAGGAUGAAGAACUCCUGGCUGAAACAUCAGCUCUGGGAGGAGACCAGGGGAAAGGAGGAGCAGGAGGUGGAGGAGCACCAGACUCUGCCUCUUCAUCUACCGUCUCUAAGAAACCAAAGAAGGAGAGUGAGGACGAUUCUGGUUUGGGCAGUUCAGAGACAGACAGUGACCUGCCCCCAGAGGAUGGUAGCUGGUUCCUAGAAGACAUUGAGGACAAGAUAAAAUUGUUCAACAACCCGGAUGUCCAGGGAAAGAAGACAGUGUUGGAGAAGAUGGGUGAGGUUGUGGACACCCUGAAGAAGACGGAGACAGGGUCAGACCACACUCAGCAGCUGAGAGCCAUUUUCUACAUCAUCAGGCUUCUGGAGGACAAGAGUGUCCAGAGGAACUACACGAGAAGUGACUCUGCCCACACCAUACGAGACAAGGUUCUGAAGCAGCUAGUGGACUUCCUGUCUUCUCCGUCUAAGGAGGUGGUGGACAGCUCACUCAGACUCACUCACAGCCUGAUGAUGAAAUUCGAGUGGAGGGUUUCCUUUGCCACCGAGGGCGGGGUCAAAGCCGUGUUGUCCUGCAUGCAGGAGUUUGCUUCUGUCCCUGCAAUCCAGCAGCUGGGUCUGGCGACCCUGAAGGUCAUAACCGGGGCUAGUAAACAUGACCUCCGCAGCGUUGGCAGUGGCCUCCCGCUCUCUGACUCUGGAAAUCAGAUGAUGUUGGAGAUCUUCGACUAGCUGUGUCCUGGUUAGAUUCUGUUUUUUUAUUUAAUGUCUUUGAUGGUCUGUGUGCCGUCAGUGCGUAACGGCCUCCUUGUGGUCAUCAUGCUUAUCUCCAAUCACAAGACUCUGGCGGAACAGCUGGUGGCUUGCAAUAUCACCGUUGUCCUCAGGAAGUGUCUGCGGUUGCCCCGACCCGAGGCCAUGCUCGCUAUUGUUGCCCUCAAUCACAUCUCCAUGGUCCACAAACUGGAGACCAAAGUUUCAGUGGACAGUGAUCAGUGUGAGCUUCAAAUGUUGGUCGUGAGUUUGAAGGAAGCGACUAAAGAAGUGAUUCAGACGGUGGAGCAGCUGCUCUGUGAUGACACCACGCAACAGGAGGAGGGGCGGAAUCAGGUGACCCACAGUCGUGAAACUUAUCAGGAUCUCGUUCGUCUAAUGGAGCAACAUCGAACAGAUCGGGCUAUUCAGCUUUCUAUCCUCAGGAUGCUGAAUAAGUUCCUGGACAACUACCAGGAAGACCUCCUGCCGUGGCACGAGAGCAUCGAGCCAUGCCUGUCCUCCAUGACUGCGUUCAUCAACGAUCGGGAGGUUGUGCAGCAGUUCAUCCGCUUUUUGUACCGUCUGGCUUCCCUGAACAAAGACUACGCUGUGGUCAUGUGUCGUCUGGGCGCCAAGGAGGCACUGGUCAAAGCUCUGGACAAGCACAGCACCAACCUGCUGCUGGUGGGUGAGCUGCGAGAUGUGGUCUCUGACUGUGACAAGUACGCCAGUCUCUACAAGAAGAUGACCACCAGCGUCCUGGCUGGCUGCAUCCAGAUGGUACUGGGUCAGAUCGAGGAGCACCGCCGCAGCCAUCAGCCAAUCAACAUCCCCUUCUUUGAUGUGUUUCUCAAGAACUUGUGCCAAGGGUCCAGUGUGGAGCUGAAGGAGGAUAAGUGCUGGGAGAAGGUGGAGGUUUCGUCCAAUCAUCACAGAGCAAACAAACUGACUGAUAAGAACCCCAAGACGUACUGGGAGUCCAACGGUUGCACAGGCUCGCACUUCAUCAAUAUCUUCAUGCACAAAGGAGUCAUUAUCAGACAACUUGCCAUCCUCGUGGCAACAGAGGACUCGAGCUACAUGCCAGCGCGGGUCGUGGUUCUGGGCGGAGACGACCCAACAAACAUCACCACUGAGCUCAACACGGUGAAUGUGGUACCGUCAGCAAAUCGAGUGGUCCUCCUGGAGAACAUGACCCGGUUCUGGUCCAUCAUCCAGAUCAGAAUCAAGAGAUGUCAGCAGGGAGGGAUCGACACUCGGGUCCACGGGUUUGAGGUCCUGGGUCCGAAGCCGACGUUCUGGCCCGUGUUCAAGGAGCAGCUGUGUUGUCGGACCUACCUGUUCUACAGCACCAAGUCCCACACCUGGUGUCAGGAGGUGAUGGAGGAUCGGACGCAGCUACUGCAGCUCUUCAACAAACUGAACAGCGCUCUAAAACAUGAACAGUUGUUUGCUGAUCGAUUCCUUCCUGAUGCUGAAGCUUCUGAAGCCCUGGGUCAAACCUGCUGGGAGGCUCUGAUCACACCCAUCGUCCACAGUAUCACACUGUCAGAAUCCUCUGCGUCCAGCCCCUUGUCCUGGCUGCUCAGUGAGUACCUAGAAAACACGGAGUCGUCCCGUCGCUGCAAAAGCCGAGCAGCAAUCUUUAACUCCAGGGUGAGACGUCUGACGCACCUGCUGGUCCACGUGGACACCAGUCGCACAGACAGCGAGGAGCUGAAGCCACCUGUCAAAUCCAAAGGUCUUAACAGGAGCAAAGAACUCAAGAAUGGCAAAGAGGGUAAAAACAAAGAAUCAGCUGCCACGGCUUCCUCUUCCUCUUCUUCUUCUUCCACUAAACCCAAAGUCAAAAGCAGUAGCAGCAUUGCAGGCAUCGCCCUCUGUUGGCAGGGAGUGGUCAAGCGCCAGGUUAAGAAGUUCCUGGAGUCCAGCUUUAGUCUUCCAGAUUUUGUGGAAAAAUACAGGAUUCUGUACCUGCGCCUGAAGAAUGCCAUGGAGGAACUGUUUGGUCAGCAGACGGCUUUUGUUCUGGCUCUUCGACAUGGAUUCUCUGCAGCACUGCUGCAGCUCUCCAUCCUCAGAGCAAUGCACGUUAGCGAACGUUUUGCUCAGUACAUUGAUCAGAUGAUACACCUCAGCGGCAGCGGUGCGGCGUCUGGGAGCAUGGAAACUCUGGAGAAGCUUCAGCAAUUUCUGGAACCAGUGCUCUUCCUGUCCGGCCUGGAACUCGCCAACACCUUUGAACACUUUUACAGGUACUACCUCGGUGACCGGCUGCUGGCGCAGGGGAACGUGCAGUUGGAGAACGCCGUGGUGGCCCUGAUUGGCAGCUGCUUCCCAGACCGCAUCCCACAGCAAAUGCUAAAGAAUUUGAGUGAAUCUGCCGAGUUGCAGCAAGAGUUUCAUCUGUACCAGCUGCAACGACUAGACCGCCGCCUGCAGGAUCAGGAACCGAUGGAGGAUGAAUGUGUGGAGUCUGAAGAGGAGGAGGAGGAGGAGGAGGACGAGGCUGAUGUCCAGGCUCUGGUUCUGUCUCCACGUUACUGGGCCGUCUCCUCCAAUUGCUUCCUUGACGAACCAACCAAAAACUUCCCAACAGAAUUGUGCUCAUACCUGAAGCAGUUCACCCAGUUCUACACUCACAGUCAGUCAAUGUAUGGUCUGAGGCACUCCAAGCCCCGGCGUCUCCAGGGGUGUGGCACGGCCGAUGUUCUUUCGUGCAUCAUGCAUGUCAUUAGCAAAGGCUGUGUCCGCCGCAAUGAGGACAAUCUGCACAUUGUGGAGUUUGUUCCUGAGGACCCGUCCACGCCUCAGAAGGGCCAGGCCCAGUUCUCCUUCAGCCACACCGAUAUAAGGAAAAACUCGAAUGCAAACGAGCCCCACGCUGACAUCAGCCCACUGUCUCAGUGUCAGUUUGAGGAUGGUGUUCUGGACACCAUUCUCUUCUCCAUGGGCCGCACCAUGACGCCUGAGGAGGUGCGUCAGUUGAUGCAGACAACGGUCCAGCAGGUGGUUUCUGGGACUCUGAGUCUGGAUGUGGACCAAACUGAGCACCUGCUGCUUCACUGCAAGUGGAAUGUUGACCUGCUCGUCCAGCGCUACACCGACGACCCUGAGACUCUCAUUGUGGCCGCCGGCCUCAAAAGUCGCAACCCUCCCCCACCCCCAAGCCCUGCCUCCACCUGUCCUGUCUGCCUGAGUCCCUGCAACAACAACCCCUUCACCGGGGCAGAGCCGGUGCCCCUGCUGAGCUGCAUGCACUACUGCUGCAGGUUGUGUUGGCAGAAAUACCUGACGGCCAGGAUCGAGCAGAAUCUGGUGAUGAACUGUAACUGUCCAAUCACAGACUGUCAGGCUCAGCCUACAUCUCGGUUCUUCCUCAACAUCCUGACAGAUAAGGACACUAUUGCCAAGUACGAGAGUGCCCUCCUCAGGGUGUACGUGGAGUGCUGCUCUAACCUAACAUGGUGCACCAACCCUCAGGGCUGUGAUCAGAUCCUUUGUAAGGAGAACAUGGGCAGCAUGGGAACCUGCUCCAAGUGCUGCUGGUCGUCCUGCUUCAGCUGCAACUUCCCUGAGGCCCACUACCCUGCCAGCUGUAGUCACAUGUCUCAGUGGAUGGAUGAUGGAGGUUUCUACGAAGGCAUGACAGUGGAGGCCCAAAGCAAACAUCUGGCCAAGCUCAUCUCCAAGCGCUGCCCCAGUUGUCAGGCCCAGAUUGAGAAGAACGAGGGCUGCCUGCAGGGCAACAUGGGCGGCUUCAGCUGCAGCACGGCCGAUGUUCUUUCGUGCAUCAUGCAUGUCAUUAGCAAAGGCUGUGUCCGCCGCAAUGAGGACAAUCUACACAUUGUGGAGUUUGUUCCUGAGGACCCGUCCACGCCUCAGAAGGGCCAGGCCCAGUUCUCCUUCAGCCACACCGAUAUAAGGAAAAACUCGAAUGCAAACGAGCCCCACGCUGACAUCAGCCCACUGUCUCAGUGUCAGUUUGAGGAUGGUGUUCUGGACACCAUUCUCUUCUCCAUGGGCCGCACCAUGACGCCUGAGGAGGUGCGUCAGCUGAUGCAGACGACGGUCCAGCAGGUUUCUGGGACUCUGAGUCUGGAUGUGGACCAAACUGAGCACCUGCUGCUUCACUGCAAGUGGAAUGUUGACCUGCUCGUCCAGCGCUACACCGACGACCCUGAGACUCUCAUUGUGGCCGCCGGCCUCAAAAGUCGCAACCCUCCCCCACCCCCAAGCCCUGCCUCCACCUGUCCUGUCUGCCUGAGUCCCUGCAACAACAACCCCUUCACCGGGGCAGAGCCGGUGCCCCUGCUGAGCUGCAUGCACUACUGCUGCAGGUUGUGUUGGCAGAAAUACCUGACGGCCAGGAUCGAGCAGAAUCUGGUGAUGAACUGUAACUGUCCAAUCACAGACUGUCAGGCUCAGCCUACAUCUCGGUUCUUCCUCAACAUCCUGACAGAUAAGGACACUAUUGCCAAGUACGAGAGUGCCCUCCUCAGGGUGUACGUGGAGUGCUGCUCUAACCUAACAUGGUGCACCAACCCUCAGGGCUGUGAUCAGAUCCUUUGUAAGGAGAACAUGGGCAGCAUGGGAACCUGCUCCAAGUGCUGCUGGUCGUCCUGCUUCAGCUGCAACUUCCCUGAGGCCCACUACCCUGCCAGCUGUAGUCACAUGUCUCAGUGGAUGGAUGAUGGAGGUUUCUACGAAGGCAUGACAGUGGAGGCCCAAAGCAAACAUCUGGCCAAGCUCAUCUCCAAGCGCUGCCCCAGUUGUCAGGCCCAGAUUGAGAAGAACGAGGGCUGCCUGCAUAUGACCUGUGCCAAAUGUAACCAUGGAUUUUGUUGGCGAUGCCUGAAACCAUGGAAACCAACACACAAGGACUAUUACAACUGCUCUGCCAUGGUUAGCAAAGCAGCUCGUCAGGAGAAGAAGUUCCAGGAUUACAACGAGCGGUGCACCUUCCAUCAUCAGGCAAAGGACUUUGCAAUUAACCUUGAAAACAAGGUUUCAUCCAUUAACGAAGCUCUGCAGAUGAAGUCACUGACCUUCGUCAUCGACGCCUGCAAAAUCCUGGCUCAAGCUCGGAAGGUGCUCGCCUACUCCUGCGUCUACAGUUACUACAACCAGGAGACUGAGAAGAUGGAUGUGAUGGAGCAGCAGACGGAGGCGCUGGACCUCCACACCAACGCACUGCAGAUCCUGCUCGAGGAGACGCUGCUGCAGUGCACUGACCUUGCCUCCUGUGUCCGCCUGCUGAAACCAGAACAUCUAAACACUGGACUGGAGCUUAUCCGACGCAUCAAGGAGCGACUCCUCGCCAUCCUGCAGCAUUCCACCCAGGACUUCCGUGUAGGUUAUCAGUCUAGCAGCAAUCAGGAACCUGCAUCAAAUCAGGCAUCCAACCUAUCCAACCUCAGCAACGUCAACACCAAGUCGAAGACUGGCCGUGGGUCAGACUCUGGAGACUCGGACAACAACAACUACGCUGGUGAGGAAGGUGGAGAUGAGGCAGAGGAAGAAGAUGACGAGUAUGAUGAAGAGUAUGUCCCUGAGUGGCACGAGGACUAUGACGAGGAUGACAUCGACGAAGAUGACUUCUUCUCUGAUGAAUCUGAGAACUUGGAGCACUACAGUCCAGUUUUGUGACGUGGAGGGAAACUUCAGUCUUCUGGUCCUAAGUGGAAGAGUGGGGCAAAUAGGACCCCUGUGAUGGCCCCGCCCCCUUCUUACUACCAUUUGACACCACCUAAAAAUGUCAGGCUUGAGCGGAGGCAUUCGGUGGAAUGUCCUCCUUCACCUGAAUCCCUGAACACCGCCCCCUUCGCUGCUGCACUUGCUUUUCAGCUCUGUAUUUUAUCUUCUCUUGAUUAAAGACAUCAGAGUAGGGAGGAGGACAUGUGUCACGUGACGCGAACCAGUUUGAGGAAAAACGGUUGUUAAUCAGUUGAGAAUUCUUCCGACGUUAUUUCUGUCUGCCAAAAGCUGUGCUAACACAGUCAUGAACGAUCUCACACCAACAUAAAGACCAACUCACACUAGUUACAACUGGUCUGAUCCAAUUGUAAAACGGAUUUAAAAUUUAGCACUCUCACACUCACAAACCUUUUAAACUAGUCCGUCUUUGUCUAGUUUAUCUUGUCAAUAUAAACCCAAUUAACAUUAUUAGAAACUUGAGCCACGAAAAUUAAACGGGAUUCACAAGCCAAAGAAAAAUACAUUGGUUUCCAGAUUUAAUCUCAAUAAUGAAAACCGUUUUACAAUCUCCUAGCUUUACAGGUAUAUGAAGCUAACUUUAUGAAUGGUAUGAACCCCGACGACUUGGUCUGAAAACACUACAACAGUUUAAACAGAACUGUUAAAACGUAAGCCACAUUGACAUUAGUUUGAAGACAGGUUUGGAUUUACUCCAAAUUCAAAAGUCAGCACACAUUAAAAAAAAAAAAAAAGACACCUUUUCUGUAAUAAUAAAUUUAGAUUUUAAAUUUGGACUUUUCUGGUCCCCACUUUUUUUUUGUUUAGUUGUGUUAGUUCCUGGUGUCUCUAACUCACUGACUUACCCUCACUCUUUUCUGGUUCUGCCCCUGGUUCUAGCCAUGCCAGGUCAAUUUUGUUAGUAUGCUUUGUUGCAGGGUAAAAGAUCCUUGGUUCAGUUUGAGCGUUCAGUGGUGCAGGUGAUGACAUCAUGCUUCAGUAUAAAGAAAACAAUUUUUUUGUUCCAUGAUGUUUGAAGUUGAGGUCAGGUGUUUCUGAACUGGAGAUGCAUCACUCCAAUAACUGAUCGCUGAUCAAGUGCUGAGUGGCUGUGCUCUCUUUGUAAUUUUUGAGAGAACGUAGAGAUUCAUAUGCUGUUAGUUGUCUACAUUGUUUCUUCAGAGUCAAGCGACUCCUCACAGAAAAGUCAAUAAAAGCUUUGUUUCUGCUCGA